AUGGGGAACUCUGCUUUACUCUCUGCCGUACUAGAAUACCGCGAUGAACUCGGUGCGGUUGCGGAAUUUCUCCGGAAGCUAGCAGGCAUCUGUUGGACCCUGAAUUACUUUAGUAUGAUGUACGUUUCUGGGAGAGAGAAGAUUCCAAACACAGGCAUAUUUCCUCUUUGUAAUGACAUUGCAUGGGAGUUUGUGUAUGCCUUCGUUCACCCAGCCGCAAGUGCUCAUUGGGAAGGUGGUGUGAAAGUGUGGUUUAUGGUUCAUCUUGCUGUGGUCAUGUACAUUCUCAAGUUUGCACCAAAUGAAUGGAACGAUGUGCCAAUGGUGAAAAAGAACAUCUACUUGAUUUAUUUGGUGGUCAUUCUUGGCUUCCUUGCCGGUCAGUUGGCUUUCGCCGCUGAGGUUGGGCCUGACAAUGGUUUCUUUUGGGGAGGUGUCCUAUGCCAGACGCUCGCAAGUCUCGGACCCAUAUGCCAGCUUCUGAGUCGGAACAGCACUCGUGGCGCUUCCAUCUUGACCUGGUCACUGCGCGCGAUUGCAACCUUCGGAGGUUUCAUCAAACUGACCAUCUACUAUCUCUGUGAUACACCCGCGGGUCCCUGGUUCGAGAGCCCCAUGUGUCAAUUCUAUAUCGGUUUGACUGUCGUGCUCGACAUCACAUAUCCGUGUCUGUAUUAUGUUAUUCGACGUCAGGAAAAGCGUAACGUCUCAGCAGAAAAGAAGAUCAAAUAG